GGACUUUCCAGUCACAACCCUUCAGGAAGUUGAUCUGAAGCCUUUAUUUCAAUAUACAGUAUGUCUAAACUAGUACAUCCUGACCAGACAGAAUUGAUUCCAAGGUGUCAGGGUGCUAUUAAUAUUUGAAAGAUUUCACUUUGCAAUGUAGCAAAAUAUUUACAAAGGGUUACUUUGACAGAUACUGUGCAAUCUUAUUGGUUGAAGUAAAUGUAAGAUCUUCAGUUAAUCAUGUUCCACCCAGUAAACCAGCUGUGUUCAUCCAUCUAAUGACCAGACAUAACAAACUAUAUUGAAACAGUAGGUUUGCCUGUGGUCCUCCCUUCACAGGUUUAUUUAGGCGUAGCAGUGUGGACCUCAACCCAUAAUCCUCCUGCAGACACACCUGUAGAGGUGAGUAUAAAGACCCUGGACUGAACUGAGUCAAACAUCAAGCUUCAAGGAGUCUCUCUAAAGCAGCUUGCCACAGAAGCUCCACAGACACCAGACCACACCUGAAGAUGACUCCCUCUGUCAGCCUGCUGCUGCUGCUCCUGCUUGGCCUCUAUCGGGCACAUCCUCUCCAGGAGGAAGGAAGUGGAGAGGAGGAGGAUGACAGUGUUGAUAUCAGCACCAGGAUUCUGGCCUCCAACAAUGCCACAGAUGAGAUCUUGCUGGAAGGAGACUUGUUGGCUCCCAGAACCAGAAAUGCCAUGACAUGCUGGUCCCAGAGCUGCCUGUGGAGGAAAGCCUCCAACGGCAUGGUGAUGAUCCCCUUCACGGUGAGCAGUCAGUUCAGCAGCUGGGAAAGGCAGAAGAUCGAGAACGCCAUGAAGGCCUUCCACAGCAGAACCUGCAUCCGCUUUGUCCCCCGUCAGAACCAGUACGACUACAUCAGCAUUGAGAACAAAGCCGGAUGUUUCUCGGCUCUGGGAAGAACAGGAGGCAGACAGGUCCUCUCUCUCAACAAGCAGGGCUGCCUCUACCACGGCAUCAUCCAGCACGAGAUCAACCAUGCUCUGGGCUUCCAGCACGAGCAGACCAGGAGCGACCGCGACUACUACGUCAGGAUCAACUGGGAGAACAUCGACCCACAGAUGGCCUACAACUUCUACAAGCAGAACACCAACAACCUGAACACUCCCUACGACUACUCCUCCAUCAUGCACUACGGAAGGACCGCCUUCUCCAUCCAGUACGGCAGGGACUCCAUCACCCCCAUCCCCGACCCCAACGUCCAGAUCGGACAGAGGCAGGGCAUGUCCUAUUGGGACAUCAUGAGGAUCAACCUGCUCUACGGCUGCUGACAACACCACAUCUGAUCUAAAGUUAUCAUUUAGCAAAACAAAUGAACUCAAUGCCAAAUACAACAAAUUCACAUUUUUUCUCCAUUUACAUGUAAUGAAUAAAACGCUACUAAAAUGUAUGUGAUCCAUGACAUACUCUUCACAUUCUGUGACUGUAAUCUUUGAAAUGUUCACACAAAGAAAUAAACAUCAAAGAGCAAAUGAAGUUACCUCAUGUCUAAAUUAUCUGUGAAAAAGUUAAUGCAG